AUGGAAGGGGUCUCGGUCAACCGCCGAUGGAUGGGGCUGGGCAACUGGACCGUAAUGUCGUCUUCUUGCACGGUCAUGAGAGCUCGGGAGUGUCCAGUACAAAAUGCGGAGUUUUCUCCGGCGAGGCAGAUCCACCUGUCUUAUGUGACGCCCCUUUGCAAGCAGGCACAGAUCUCUCUGCUUUCCAUUCCGUUGAGCUUGGAGGAAGGAGGGAUCCUGGCUGAGGUCCAGUGGGAACACGGGAAGGCACAGCCAUGUCUGCUUCGUGAACCGCCCACCUUGGAUGGCAGAUGGGAAGAGGAAGGGACGCACGGAAUACCAGGGACCUCUUACCUUUCUUACUUUAACCUCAACGGAUGUAGUGGAAGGCACCUCGCGAAACAAUUGCCCGAGGAAUUGCAGUUUGACCUCGGCGGUGCGACAGACUUUACCUUAACUUCCAUUGACUCUCUUUUCACUCCGAAGCACUUACAGGCUACAGCAUCGACACCAAACUAUGCUGCAAUUCCCCCACGGGCACUUACACCAUCUUUAGACGAGAGGGUUUCUGAGAGACGCAUGGAUUGGUUCCAGGGACCCCCCAUCAACUGUCAGGGUCGUGCCCACUACGUGCUGGGCCCUGCAAGAUUGGACUCUGAGAUCAUCUACAGAUACUUCCACUUUCCACCGAUAUGUCGACAUCUUCCCUAUGUUUCGUUAUCCAGGCUCUCAUCACUCUCCGCAUAUUUCUUACGGAUAGACUCCAGCCUCCGUGCGGCCUGCCCCCGUGCUCCAACCACCAACGAGGCGAGACGCCGGCCAAGACUGCUCGCCAAUACCAUGUCUCUGUCACCACUCGAUCCUCACGAAUAUACCCAAGACAAUACGCAGCAAAUCCUCCCCGGCAAGCCCUCCCACAAGACGACGACGACGGCCACGACGACCACGAACGCACAUUACUCGGAAAAAGAAACAAGACGACGAACAGCAUCAAAACAGCACCAACCUGAUCAUGUUGAAGCCCCGGCCACUAAGCCAGAGCCAGCCUCCCACGCAGCCCGGCCCAGCGCGCCGCAUCUGCAUUGCAGCUUGCUUCCAACUUCUGCCGCUCCCGACAAGUUUCAAUCUGAGGCGAACCCUCUUUUCCCCCCGGCUCCUACAUCUCAGCCAGCCAUACCUGCAUACAUUGGUAUACUCUUCUCCUUCACAUUGCCAAGCCGACACAUCGCCAUGCAUCGUAAGCUUUCAUGGCUCAUUACUGGUUUUCCAAACUGCUGCGAAUCCCGCGGCGCCCCUAGUCCUGACACUCGCGCUUUCGACGCCCUGUCUGGGCUACAUGAUCUCUUAGACCUUGCCGUGGUUGGCUCACGACCACGCGAUGGAUCGAGGUACAUGCCAUGGCAGUCGAGAUGGCGCUGUGUUCCCCCGGCUCUUUGCGGCUCGCCUUGCCUUCCUUCACGGCGCGCCAUUUCGGCCGACAGGACCACAGACUCUUCGUGUCUACUCCGACACACCAUGCCAUGGAUGCCACUCACCCACGGUUCCACGGUCGUCCCACCCCCACCCACGAAUGGCUCCGCGCACAGCACCGGCCAGUCACGCCGCACAUCGCUCACCAGCUCUUUGCUGAUUCGCCAACCGACGAUAGACUACUCCGCCCCGUCUCUUCACCUUGACAGCCUCAGAAGCAUGACCUUGGGUCUCACAGUCCACCAUGAUAUCAUGGUACAGAGACUUCUCCUACGCUUCGCUGCCCCAACGCCCAUGGACAAGUACCGACCAACGCUGGCUCAAUUCGCUUUGUGCCCGAAAUGGAGCAAACCACCGACAAGGUUGAAGUUUCUCUCCAUCUCCCCACUCUUCUUGACACAACGCGACGCGAUCCCAAGCAAUGAUGCACCCUCCUUGUCAGGUUUGUCUCGCAUCGUCCCGGUCAAUUUUCUUCACCUUCAUGGCGGCUGUCGGCCGAUUGUCAUGUCUUCGUUCCGCCAACGGAACCAGUCCAAGGCGCAGGAGCAAUACGGAUAG